AUGGCAGAAAGGCAAGUUGGGUUACACCUCGAAGGGGUGCCAUUCUAUGGUCAAAAAACCGAUUUUUCAACCUCCCAGAUUAGGUAUUCUGGGACCAAACACAGCAACUCAGAUUCUAUUUUCAUGGCGCCUUCAAGAGAAGCCAUCCCAAAAUUGUGGCCAGACUUUCCUGAAACCUUACACUUAAUGAAGACGCUGAGAAAUGUAGGAGGAAAACACCAUACAUGGCCUCAUGAGGAUGAAUCAUUCAUGGGUAUGCAUCAAAUGCAGCCAACAUCAUCAUCAUCGUCUCUAAUGCUACAACAACAACAACAACCACCACCUGGUAAACCUGAUCAUGCGAAAUCAUUAAAAUGGGAACGAGCCAUUCCUGUAAACCUUGGGCCUGUACUUCAGUACCCUCCACCUGCUGCUGCUCAAGUUGUACAUUACAAGUAUCAACCUGUUCAAAAUAGAUUCAAAGAUACCAAUAGCAAUAUGAAUGUGAAUGUGAAUGUGGGUCCCUCUUUGAUUUCUCAAUCAGCUGCUGAUGAAGGUUCCAGAACUGGAAUCAAAGGCUCUGGGAUUUUGACCUCCUCUGGCAAUGGUGGUGGCAGUGGUGGUGGUGGAGUGGCUGAGCCAAGCGGCAGUAAACAGAAGUCAGUGAUUGGUAAUACUGAUUCAUGCUCCACCCCAACUCGCUGGAUGACUAUAUUUUAUGGUGGUCAAGCUCAUGUGUUUGAUGAUGUCCAUCUGUCUGCAAUUCGAACCGUAAUAUCUAGGGUUAACCAGGUGGAUGCAGGGAGGCUCGACAUUGAAAUGUCAGCCAUGCUCAAAGAGCAAAUGGUUAAAUUUUUCUCUGUUAUGAAGGUUAUAGAUGCUCGUGCUAAAGGAAACUUGGGUCGUUUUAUAAAUCACAAAUGUCAACCAAAUUGUCGCACUGAAAAGGUUAAGUUUAUGAAAUUCCUACUUUUAGGUUAA